UAUGAAAAAAGACAAAAGUCGAAACCAGCCUUUUGAUUCUUCCUUCUUAUCCGUGUAGAAUAUCCAGAACCAGACGGUUCUCUGGACUGGCUGUAACAGAACCUCCAACGCCCCUCUACUCUUGUGUGAUUUGGGUGAAGACCUCAGAACCUUCUUGUAUACGGGUUAGUCCCAGCUCUCAGGCCCCUUCUCCUAUCAGAGCAUCACUGCAUAGUUGACGUCUCACCACAAGGGGGAGCGAUUUUCUUAGUCCAGUGAGUAAAGGUUCUGAUGCUGCUUCGCCUCAUUGGAUCUUUAUUCCACAGGAACAUUGAAGUUAGUUGAUCUAACCGAUGCUUUUCUUUGUCGUAUGUUUUAAUUUUGCAAAAUUUUGAGUUUAUCAGGUAAGAUUUUCCUCUUUUAGGAGGAAAAUUCUCAAACUAUGGUGCGCCAAGUGUAAAUCGCAUUUAAGCCCAUUAUAUUUAGGUUUAGAAUUAGCAUUUAGAUUUAGAUUUAACAUUUAGAUUAGCUGAAAUUAAGUGAUAUUUAAGCACAUUUUUAAAUGUGAUAAAAGUUGCUAAAUGUUGGAAAACUGAGCUAAGUAUCAAAUAAAUGUCUGCUAAAUAAUGUACACCAGCGAUUUACGCAUGGCGCCCCAUAUCAAACACCCCCAGAUUGCGCAAACGCGCCGCGCAUCACCACCGCUGCGCACUCAUCAAACCCAGCGAACUUGAGUUGAACAGCUGCGAGAUGAAUUUGUCUUCACCCAACUUCCCCGGCUGGAGAGCGGAGACGGUUCUGAUUUCUUUGGGCUUUUCGCUCAUCUUCCUGCUCGGCAUCGCGGGGAACUCUCUGGUUCUGGCGGUUCUGUGUCGGAACGGCCAGAUGAAAACCAAAACCACCAACAUGUUCAUCUUCAGCCUAGGAGUGGCGGAUCUCUGCUUCAUCGUCUUCUGUGUCCCGUUUCAGGUGACCAUCUACACCCUGGACCAGUGGGUGUUCGGUUCGGUGCUCUGUAAAGCCGUGCACUUCCUCAUCUUCCUCACCAUGUACGCCAGCAUCUUCACCUUGAGCGCCGUCUCCGUGGACAGGUAUUUAGCUAUUUGCUACCCGCUGCGCUCCAGGCACACCAGGACACCGAAGAACGCCCUCACCUCCAUCUGCCUGGUUUGGGUCUUGGCUUUGGUUUUCUCUGCACCGUACCUCAGCUACUUUUCUCAGAUGGACUUAGCCGGUACCCUGCUCUGUAUUCCUGCCUGGGAGCCCAGACCUCGUGUCAUCAUGGACAUGUUCACCUUCAUCUUUGGCUACCUGAUCCCAUUCCUGGUGCUCAGCCUCACCUACACUCGUACCGUCCACUACCUGUGGACUAGUGUGGAUCCUGUAAAGGACGUGUCUGAAUCUAGAAGAUCCAAAUGGAAAGUCACCAAAAUGAUCAUCGUUGUAGCUGUGCUCUUUUGCCUCUGCUGGCUUCCUCACCAUCUUGUUGUCCUCUUCAUGUGGUUCGGAUACUUCCCGCUCAACCACACCACCUACAUCCUUCGCAUCAUCUCCCACCUGGUGGCCUACGCCAACUCCUGCCUCAAUCCCAUCGUGUACGCUCUCGUCUCCAAACACUUCCGUAAAGGUUUCAGAAAGGCGUUCAGCUGCUCGAUGAAGAGGAGAGAGGUGAACAGGAUACGCGUCAUUCCAGCAACCAACACCGUCAGCAGCGCUGAGACAAAAGCCUCAGAGGAGGACUCAACUGCAACCUGAUCAACCUGGGUCUGGAUCCUUAAGUCUGAAGACCACCCACACAGAAUAAAGUCCUGUCACAUCCGUCACUCUUCCCUUUUCCACCUGUGUGAUGGCUCUGAUUUCAUAAACUAAAUCAUUAAAGAUGCAUUCCUCAUCUUUGACCUCGUUGCUGCUGCUACAAUAUUCCAGUCACUCAGACCAUCUCGUGUUGAUUUUGUUGUUUUUCAGUUUUAGUAACAAGUGAUAUAAAAAAAAA